GGAAAAGCACGGGAGGAUGGAUGGUCCUGCAAAUUCCUGGAAAACUGGCACAGCGACUUGGUGCGCCACCUGCAGGCUGGAGGAAGGUGUGCAAGCGAGGCCGCAUGACCGGCUGCCCUCCAGCCCUGCUCGGAUUGGCUAAUUCACGGGUGCCCUGAGACGGAAGUGCUGCCUAUGAGGCCGCCCUAGGAAGGGCGGAAGUGCGCGGCGUGGAGGAAGUGGCUGCAGUGAGGGCGGAAAGCGGAGUGGCGGGAUCCGAGGCGAGGUUCUGUGCACGCCGGACUGUGGCCCUGUCGGGCUGUGGUCAUGGAACUCAGCGCCGACUACCUCCGCGAGAAGCUGCGGCAGGACCUGGAAGCAGAGCAUGUGGAGGUGGAGGACACGACUCAGAACCGUUGCGCGACCAGCUUCCGAGUCCUGGUGGUGUCGGCUAAAUUCGAGGGAAAGCCACUGCUUCAGAGACACCGGCUGGUGAACGAGUGCUUAGCCGAAGAGCUCCCUCAUAUCCAUGCCUUUGAGCAGAAAACUCUAACCCCAGAGCAGUGGACCCGACAGCGGCGGGAAUGAGGGACCCAGACCAGAACAGGCAUUAAAUUUUAAACCUGGUC